UUCGCUGUUAGUUAGUGCGCUUGGCGAGUUGCAAUAAUCUCAAUUUGCGGUCUUCGCUGUUGUUUGACGUAGGUGACAGUUACCUAACCUAAACAAAAGUGAAUAUAACCUCCAUAAGUAUAUACUUUAAACUCCGCCUUUUAGUUAGUAUUUUACUAAUUGCUGUUACGGUGUUACUUCGAUGAGUUCCCUGGAAUUAUGAUUCACACUGACGACAUCCCUGUUAUUAAAAAAAAUGAUUUAGUACCUUAAAUAAAUGUUGUGUAUACACUUCAUAAAAAACCACGAAGUAUAUUUCCGUGAUGUUCUUGACUGAAAUUAGAUGAUAAUAUAGUGUUAUUUUAACUUGUACAUAAUUAUUUUUUGUUAUUUUACAAAAUGACGGUUACCUAUACUGCAGAAGUGGCCACAGUAAGGGGCCUAGGAUGUUUUUUAAAAUUAUUGAUCAGAUGGCGAGGCAGUAUAUACAAAUUAGUAUGGAUGGAUUUACUUAUAUAUUUAAUUAUUUAUUUUGGUUUGAAUUUUAUGUAUAGAUGGGUCUUAGAUAAAGAUGGUAAAGUAUUAUUUGGGCAAAUAGUAGAAUAUUGUCGUGAAUAUGGUAGCUUAAUACCAUUAUCUUUUGUACUGGGUUUUUAUGUAUCAAUCGUUAUGGCCAGAUGGUGGAAUCAGUACGUUACAAUACCAUUUCCAGAUUCUCUAGCAGUAUUUGUUAGUGCCACUGUACAUGGACAGGAUGAAAGGGGUAGAGUAAUGAGAAGAACUAUCAUGCGAUAUGUAUGUUUAAGUAUUACUAUGACAUUUGUAAUGAUCUCACCUAGAGUGAAAAAGAGGUUUCCUACAUUAGAGCAUUUCGUUGAAGCUGGUUUACUUCAGCAGAGUGAGUUGGAAGUUUUAGCUGACUUGGAAAAGAAAUUUCCAAAUUACGCAAAGCAGUGGUUGCCUGUAGUUUGGGGGUCGAGUAUAGUAACGAGGGCACGUAAAGAGGGUAGAAUAAGAGACGACUUUGCCGUUAAAACUAUUAUAGAUGAAUUGAAUAAAAUCAGGGGGAAGUGUGGCUUACUUUUAGGUUAUGACCACAUAAGUGUUCCUUUAGUAUAUACCCAAGUGGUCACAUUAGCUGUUUACAGUUAUUUUCUUACUAACAUAAUGGGCCAUCAGUGGGUUGAGGGCGGUAAAUACGACUUCGAUCUCUACUUUCCCAUUUUUACGACUCUGCAGUUCUUCUUCUACGUUGGUUGGUUGAAAGUGGCAGAGUCGUUAAUAAACCCAUUUGGAGAUGACGACGACGAUUUUGAAGUUAAUUGGAUGGUAGACAGAAACUUGCAGGUUUCCUAUUUGAUAGUGGAUGAAAUGCACCAUGAACAUCCAGAAUUAGUGAAGGAUCAGUAUUGGGAUGAAGUUUUCCCACAAGAAUUGCCAUACACUGCUGCUGCCGAGGCAUUUAGAGAUACCCAUCCUUUACCUUCUACCGCUAACAUUGCCCUAAGACCGCAGGAACAAGAAUUCGUAGGUCCUACUUCAUUAAAAAUUGACGAUAUGCAGGCAUAUGCAGACGGAGGACCUAUCACCUUUUCCGCCAAGCCCAGAAAUAUUAGCUCCGUUAGGUCUAGAGGUUCGCAAAGCUCUAUUGGAACUUCUGUACCAGAUUCCAUAUCUAGAGUGAAUUCUGUGACGAACAUGUUGAGAAGAUUUUUCAGUAGAGAAGAUAGUAGAACAGAACCGGCUAAGUCUGAGACAAACGAGUUAAAUAAUUUAAUUCCAGGUUCUGAAUCUUUCGGGAAAGGCAGCGUUAAAAGAAUUGCCGAUCAAGUCAUCGAAGAGGUUGACGAGCAAACAACGAUAACAUCACAGCGUUCCGCCAAGGAAUCCCGCCCGACGGUGAUGAAUUUAUUUGGGCCCCCACCAGCAUCUGACCCGAUUAAUGUUCCUCAGUCCCAUAGUUUCCAUAACCCAAUGCCAGAGGUUUAUGAGCCUUAUCCGCGAAUAUCAACCUCGGCUCCUGAUACCAACGGUAAUAUCCCGGAUGUGAUGGACAGAGUUAGUAUAGGGAAUUCCGAUACGGACGAGGAAGAUGACGAAUUCAGUAAGUUAAAGAAGAAGCGAGACGAGGAGAGACUUAGUAGGAUAAAGCAGAAUUUGUCGAGAUCUCUUAGCAUAAAAAAUGACGACACGGAAGCGCUGCUCAACAGAAGAAGGUCUUCAAUUUUGAGUACCGCUCCAUCCACUCCUCUGUCGCCGCAACCCAUUUUUACUAUGCAGGCGUAAAUUAAGUAGUUUUUAAGGGAACCACCACUGUUGUUAAGAUAAUCGCAUAGAAUAGUUUCUUCGUGGUAGAUUUUUUUAUUGCCAUAAAUAUUAGUUUCACAAUUCGGCUAAGGAAAUCUUUUAGGUGAAUAGCUAAAACGUGAUUGUUUGUAGACAAUAAUUUUGUACUUCCUACGAUUUGGUAGGAAUUUAUAAGUUGUUUGCUAGUCAUAAUUUAUUUGAGUAAGUUGUCAUUUAGAAAGCUUCAGAUUUUUUUUUCGAAACAUUAUGUUUGAUCUUAAAGCGGCAUAAAAACAAUUAUAAUACUUUGUUGCACAGAACGGUUAUUUUCAAAUUGAUAUAGUAUGAAUAUAAUCGUGAUUUUUGUUAUGAAGUCGAGGCUUACCAAUAGAGAUUUUUUGGCACACUUAAAUAUUACCACAAAUUUCAUGUUUUGCCUUUUGAAAAAUACUUAGUAAUUUCCCCAGCGAA